UCGUCUCUGUUUCUUUCUGCUCUUUCUCGCUCAAACGACGGUUUUCAUUUUAUAUCUCUCCUAGAAACCCUAAUUUGUUGAAGCGAUCAAAGAAGCUACAGCUAGUUUGUAAUGGCUGGUGGGGAGAAGAAGCAAAGUCUUUCUCCAAAGGAGAUUAUACAUCACAAGUUUGUUGUUAAAGCAAGUUACAGAAUUGAGCAAGUUCAUGUCUCUUCUCAGAGUAACUGUCUCUAUCGAUGCCACUUGCAGCUACCAGAAUUUUCCGUUGUAUCAAAUGUCUUCAAGAGGAAGAAAGAUGCUGAACUAUCAGCUGCUGAAUUGGCUCUGGAGAAGCUAGGCAUUCACCCUCAGGAUGAUGAUGAUAUAACUGUGGAACAAGCCUGGGACGAUAUGGUUGAACGCAUUAAGUAUAUAUUCUCUGAUGAGUUUCUUUCAUCUGGUCAUCAUCCUCUUGGAAGCCACCUCAGAGCAACAUUGCUAAGGGACGGUGAACGUCAUGGAUCAGUUCCUCUUUCCAUCAUCGCUGCAUUUGAUGCAAAGAUUAACAGUGGCUGCAAAGUUAUCAAUCCCUCCGUUGAUCAAGAUCCUAUCUUGGCCAUGUCCUAUGUCAUGAAGGCUGCUGCAAAGCUAACGGACUACAUUGUCGUAUCUCCGCAUGUAGCUUCACUCCGAAGGAAAAAUCCAUACCCUCCAGCAAUCGUAGAAGCACUGGAUACUCAUGGAGAAAGCAUAAAAGUUGAGGCUGUGUAUAUACAAUGUGCCACUAGCGGUGAAGAGGUUGUUGAUCCGGUCAUACUUGAUAUCUCAUCAGGCCGGUAUUACUUGGAUGUUAUCGCUGAAAAGCUUGGUUUGAAGGAUGGCAGCCAGCUGAUUAUAUCCAGGACUUUUGGUAAAACUCCCUCUGGCUUUGAAUGUAGAGUAUACUCUGCUAUCCCUAAGUUGAAUCCUUCCGAUAAAUCAUCGAAAGCCUAUGGAAAACGCCCAGCUGAUGAAGAAGAUCAAUCAUCACAUUUUAAAACCCCCUGGAAUGCUAAAGCAAGUUCUGCUUGUGGUCAAGAUAUUCACGGUGAUGCGAUAGUGGCAGCUGUUGGUUACUCAUGGAGGUCCAAUGAUAUUGAACAUGACGAUGUAACCUUGAAGUCAUUUUACAGGAUAUGUUGUGGUAUGUCACCCAAUGGCAUCUACAAAUUCUCCAGACAAGCACUAAUUGCUGCGACGUUACCUUUCUCAUUCACUACAAAGUCUAAUUGGAGAGGUCCACUCCCGAGGGAGAUGCUCUCCAUCUUCUGCCGCCAGCAACAACUAGCCGAGCCUGUCUUCACAAUAUCUACUUCUCCUGUGAAGCCACUCUCAGAAACAUUAAGAUCCUUCAAGAAGUUGAAAGACUCAGAGUCAAACGAUGGCAACAAUCAGUGUGUGAACGAGUACGCAGGAUCAGAUGAUUCCUUCAAUCAUUAUAACAGCAAGGACGAAGAGGAGCUUCCAGUGUUAGAGAGUGGUUACAGAUGCGGAGUGAAAAUUCUCUCAAAGUCUCUGCAGGACUUGGUUUUAGACUGCUCACCAGGGAGCUUCUACGAGAAGGAGAGCCACGCUAUUCAAAACGCUGCAUUAAAGGCCUUAACAUGGUUUGGCAGCUUGUUCGAUGACCUGGAUGCUGACCCGGAACAGCCACGCUGCUAUACGAAGGGAGAACUGAACUGGAUGUUUACACGGAAUGUUAUGAUCAAAGGGAAGUUUCCAAGUAGUAAAAGAUAUGAAGAGCCUGCGUAUGAUGAGUCAAAGACCAUGGAUAUGGAUCGCAAACCAAAGCGUGUUCAGACUAUACCAAAUGGUUCCUUGGUUAGCAUAUCUUAUUCUGUGUCUGUGGAGGUAGAAGCUGACUUUUGGGGGAGGACCGGUAAAUGUUUGAGAGAACUCAUAGAAAGCAAUGAAGAGAUCGAGUUUGAAGUAGGGGUUGGAUCCAUGAAUCCACAUCUUGAAUCAGUCGUUACUCAGAUGUCUGUGGGACAAUAUGCUUGUUUUAUAACUAAUAUGCCUGCGGAAGGGUUGGUUUUGGCUGAUGCCAAUGAUACUGCGAGAACUCGUUCGCUCUUAUCAAAACUCGCAGCAGGUUUGGAAUAUAAUGUGCAUUUGUUGGGAGUGAAAGGGCCGACAGAGAAACGAGUGGAAUCAGUUUUUUUCAAGCCUCAACUUUCGAAACAGCGUGUGGGAUAUGCAGUGAAACUUAUAAAAGAAUCAUCAGCAGCUUCUACUUUGGUUGACUUUGGAUGUGGAUCUGGAAGUUUACUAGAGUCUUUACUUGAGGUUCCAACUUCACUUCAAACCAUUGUCGGCGUUGACAUCUCAGAGAAGGCUCUUGCCCGUGCUGCUAAGAUGGUAGACUCAAAGUUAAACAAGGGAGCUUGCAACCUCAAAACUAUUAGACUCUAUGAUGGUUCUAUACUGGAGUUUGAUUCCAGGCUGCAUGGCAUUGACAUCGCCACUUGCUUAGAGGUCAUUGAGCGCAUGGAGGAAGAUGAAGCCUUUCAAUUUGGGAAAACAGUUCUUACCUUGUCUCGUCCGAAGCUCCUGAUUGUCUCCACACCAAACUACGAGUACAACAAAAUUCUUCACAAGUCUUCUCUGUAUCACUCAAAAGACAAGUCCAUUUCACAGCGGUCAAAGUUCAGGAGCCAUGAACACAAGUUCGAAUGGACGAGGGCACAGUUUAACCAUUGGGCAUCUAAGCUCGCCAAAAGCCAUAACUACAGCGUUGAGUUCAGCGGUGUUGGAGGGUCUGGUAAUGUUGAUCCAGGGUUUGCUUCUCAGAUUGCUGUUUUCAAACGGAAGUCUUUCACUGAAGUGAAAAAGGUCUCAACGCAGCCUUAUAAAGUCAUAUGGGAGUGGACAAGAGCACAGGGAGACAAAAAGAACUAGUCUUCAACAAGUUUGUAGAUUUGUUAGGAGACAAAAAGAACUAUUCUUCAACAAUCCAUCCCUAUCUGAAAUGACCGACUACAUAUUUUAUUAGUUUCUCUUCUUGUAAAUAUCUAAUUAUGACCGACUUGGUCAUACUAUAAAUAGAGUGAAUACGAAUGAAUAAGA